GCAUCGGCAGUGGCGGUGCGCGCGCGCGGCGACGGGUGGUACGUCGCGUCGAGCUCGUCGAGCCGUUCGGAGACACGGAGGGACACGGAUCGGUCUGGUGGGCGCUCGGCGCCGCACAGGGUCGAGAGGGGACCGGUGCCGACGGCGGCGGCGCUGCGUUCGGCUGGCGGGCGGACCCGCGCCGUUCCGCAGCCGGCGGACACGUGCAAGGAAUGGACGUACAGACGAUGAGCUCAGUGGAUCCCGUCUUCAAGAAGGAGGAGGUGCCCAUGAUUAUCGCCCAGUUCUGGCAGCAGCGGGCGGCGCUGGCGGAGCGCGAGGCUCGCACGCUCAAGGAGCAGCUGGCUGCAAGUCGGGAGCGCACCCCGUCUCGACACAGUGAGGCAGCCUCGUCAGGAGCCGGUCACCCGGACUCGGCGUCCGAAACCCAGCGGCGAGCCAGCCUCGGAGGCAGCGAUGUCUCCAAAGAAAAGGAGAGCUCUGAUCUGGUGGAGGACGUCCGUCGUCUCCAGAGCCGUCUGGCUCAGGUCGAAAACCACACGGCUCAGCAGCGGGCCAAGCUGCUCGAGGAACUCGAGACCAAGAAGAAGACCAUCCAGCGCCUGCAGAACAUCAUUGAGCAACAGAAGGACUACAACGACAUCAAGAAGGGCAUAGUGCUGCUGAAGUCGAUGAAGGGCGGCGGCGGGCCGGAGAGGAUGGACACGGGGCCGCCCUCGCCGCCGGCAGACAAGUCGCUGGACGUGCUGAAGGAACUGCAGAACGAGAGGACGGAGCCUCGCGGCGUCAGCGCCGUCGCACCAACUCUGGGUGACCCCCGGCCGCCUCUGGUGGAGCCGUCGCUGCUCGGGUUCCGCGGCUCGGCGCCCGGCUGUCGACCGCCAUUCCUCCCGACACCUCACUUCCCGUUCGCGCCGUUCCCACCGUCGGCGACUGGCGCGCUCGUCUCGCUCGCCUCGCGCUCGCCGAGCUCGCCGGGCGAGCGUCGCGGCUCGCUGUCGCCGCCGGAGCGCGCUCGAGGCACUCCCGAGAGCGAGUCGACUCGACAGCCGAGUCCGGCCGAGACUCCGGACGCGCCUCCGACCUUCCGCUACGACGAGAACGAUCCGCUGAUCCCAAAGUCGGAUCCGAUGGAGACCAGGCUUCAGGAGAUGUUGCGCUACAACAUGGACAAGUACGCCAACCAGAGUCUGGACACGCUGCAGCUCUCGCGGCGUGUGCGCGAACUGCUCAGCGUCAACAACAUCGGUCAGAGGAUGUUCGCGCGCUACAUCCUCGGCCUGUCGCAGGGCACGGUCAGCGAGCUCCUCAGCAAGCCCAAGACCUGGGAGAAGCUCACUGAGAAGGGACGCGACAGCUACCGGAAGAUGCACGCCUGGGCGGUUGAUGAUGCCGCCGUCAGUCUGCUCAAGGCCGUCAUCCCCAAACGAGGCAAGGAUGCCCGAGCAUCGUUCCCGGCGCGCCCGGAGGAAUCGGCCACUGACGAGCGGAUCGCGCACAUCCUCACCGAAGCGUCGCAGGCGAUGAAGAACGAGAGCGUCGCGUCGACUCCGUCGGGGGACGCUGGCGCCGGCGAGCGGACCAGCCCCGGUGCCGCUGACAGGACCAGACAGUCUCCCCAGGCGGACUCCCGGGACCCGUUCCAGCCCCUCCGGCGGCUGGGCGGCGGCGGAAUGCCCGGAGCUGGCCCCGAGGAGGUCGCUCAGGAGAAGAUCGCCCGGCUGUACCGCGACCACCUGGCCAAGAUGAUGGGCCAGCGGCCGGAGCUGCCUCCCGGCUUCCCCCUGGAUCACUAUCAGAGGCUCCGGUCGCCAGAGGAGCUGCGGCUGGCCAUGGACCUGUACAACCAGCAGCUCAUGUCCCAGCUGCACCGUCAGCAUGUCGGUAACGGAGGACCGCCGCCGGAGUCACGACGAGACGAAGCCGACAGAGACGGCGGACGGUCUCCAGCCUUCACUCACGUCCGGAGGGAGGAGGAUGGCUCGACAGGGGGCGGCCCGCCCAGCCCGCUGCCGCUGCCUCCCGGCCUGCUGUCCGGCCUCCACCCUGGGGGCCUGUUCAUGCACUCGGCCGCCGCUGCCGCCGCAGCCGCCGCCGCCAGCUCGGCGGACGAGCCGGUCACCUCUGCCAGUCCCCUACAGCGGAUGGCCAGCAUCACCAACUCUCUGAUGAGUAGCGCAGCGAUGCCGCCGAUGCCGCCGCACCCGACCCGGCCGGCCAAGGCGGUGCUGCCGCCCAUCACCCAGCAGCAGUUUGACCAGUACAGCAACAUCAACACAGAACAGGUCGUCAAAAGGAUCAAGGAGCACCUGAGCCAGUACUCGCUGUCCCAGCGGCUGUUCGGGGAGUCGGUACUGGGCCUGUCUCAGGGCUCCGUAUCCGACCUUCUGGCGCGUCCCAAGCCGUGGCACAUGCUCACCCAGAAGGGUCGCGAGCCCUUCAUCAGGAUGCAGAUGUUUCUGGAGGACGAAGGUGCCGUUCACAAGCUGGUGGCCAGCCAGUACAAGAUCGCGCCCGACAAAUUGAUGCGCACCGGAUGCUUCAACGGCGGUAAGAGGCCGGGCUUCGCCAAGCUGCCGCCGAAGGCGCCCGAGCUGGCCCGUACCCUGGAGGCUCCCCUGCCUCCGGUGGUAUCACUGCCUUCGUUCCACGGCCUGCCGCCGGCGGCGCUAGCGUCGCGUCUGGCCGGUCUCGACCCGCUGAUGAAGUACGGCCUGCGUCUACCGCCGGUGCCACUGCCCAUGUCAGUGUAUGAGACCGCGGCGGUGACUCCGGAGCUAGACACCCUCACCAUCACCACACGUAUCAAGGAGGUGCUGCUGGCCAACAACAUUGGGCAGAAGCUGUUCGGCGAGGUGGUGCUGGGUCUCUCCCAGGGCUCUGUCAGCGAGCUGCUCUCCAAACCCAAACCCUGGCACCUGCUCAGCAUCAAGGGCCGCGAGCCCUUCAUCAGGAUGAAGAUGUGGCUGGAGGACGGCCAGAACAUCCAGAAACUGCAGCGCAUCAAGUCCGAGCGAAAGGAGUCGAACAAGCGGCGCCGCUCGAGGCUCGAGCUCCCCGUCGACGGCGACAGCAGUGAUGCUUACUCUUCUCUGGCCAACAGCCCCAACUCGGCCAAGAAGGCUCGCGUGCUCUUCUCCGAGGAACAGAAGGAGGCGCUGUUGCUGGCGUUCGCCAUGGACCCGUACCCCAACAUGACGUCGGUGGAGUUUCUGUGUCAGGAGCUGGGUUUGACGCAGAGAACCAUCACCAACUGGUUCCACAACCACCGGAUGCGGCUGAAGCAGCAGACGGGCGGCGGUGAGUCGGCCGUUCCGCCGCCGCCGCCGGCCGGCCGCGAGGGAGGGCACCUGGAGCCACUGCAGUUCCGACUGCUGCUCGGCCGGCGGCUGGCGGAGCUGCGAGCCGAGCGCGGUCUGCCGCCGCAGCUGCCGCUCGCCGGUCUCCCGCUGCCGUACCUGGUCGGCGGGGCCGGCGCCGGAUCCACCGACGGCCUCGACGAGCAAGUGGGCGGCCUCGACCUCACCAUGAAGUCUGACGACGGCGACGGCGACCGGAGCAGCAGCGCCGGCAGUGGCAGCGAGGCUAGCCGAUCGGCAGCCAGCAGCCCGGCGCCGGUCGGCACCGACGCAGCCGACGGAGACGGAGACCCAGAGCCGGCGCCGAGGUCGCGCCGCAAACCGGCGGCUCCGCAGUGGCUAAACCCCCAGUGGGGCGCCGAGGAGCCCCGGCCGCUCAUCAAUGGUGUGUGCGUGCUACAGACGGACCUGGCCACGGCGCGGCGCGGCGCCGACUCUCCCCAGCCGAGCCCCGAGCGGCCGGCGGACGCCGCGGAGCCGGAGCUCUCAGAGCAGCCGGAGCCGGAGCCGGAGCGGCAGCCAGAGCCGGAGCAGGAGCCGAUGGAACAGGAGCCAAUGGAGCAGGAGCCGGCCGCCGCGGAGCCCAGACGCGACUCUCCGGCCGCAGCCGCCGCGGAGUGACGUGCAAUGUGCGCGCAGGUUAGCCGUUAGCCAAGUUCAGUUGCCAAGGCACUUGUCAGGUGGACACUAAACCGGUCGGACGUGCGGAACUGUGACCACAAAGUGGUCCGGCGGGGCGGCAGUCUCCGGCGCUGCUGCCCAGCGUGAGUGGAUAGCUCAGUGUUCUUCUCAUCCCAUUACGCACGUCUCUGUAUGUGUACGAGUCUCGUAUGUUUGUGUUUGUGUGUGCCGGAAUGCUCGCCAGUGUUCACAUCUGGCGACAUCGGCGGUGCCAGUGCUUGGCCGCAGUCGGGUCGUUAUACCUUCGUCUGAAUUUAGUGAGCUGUAAUAUUAAUUAACUUUAAAACCGGCUGGGCGGUAGUCAGACGACUAAAGACAGCGGCGGAACGAGCCGGCAGACGGGCCACCGCGUACAAUGUGUAGUAUGUAUUCACUCGGUGUAGUGGACGGCCAGUCGCUGCGCGUCCCUGCUGCCACCUGGCGACAGGUACGGACACUAGAGCUUGGAGCUCCGGCCACCGGCGCCGCCGCAUGCACCUCUCACGUUGUUACUGUGUGCGUUUGACUGUUGCCUUAUGCGGUCGGCAGUCGGAGAUGACCCGACCCGACCUGACCUGACCUGACCCGGUCGUGGCCCUUUGUUGCGGGCUCUUGAUCUCCGGUCCCUGGUUCAAAAUCCGGUUUCGCACCGGUCGGCAAUUUACCUUUAGUGAUGCUGUUUUUGUGUGUUUGAGAGCGCCGUGUUCGCGUGAAGCGAGAACUCAGAGCGAUUCGGGCCAUUCGGCAGCUCACAGUUCGUGGGCAGUGUGAGCGAGCCCAGUCUGUAUCCAGUCUGUAUCCAGUCUGUAUCCAGUCUGUAUCCAGUCUGCAUCCAGUCUGAGAGCAGUCGCCGUCUGCGCCCAGUGUGAUGUGCGCAAACCCAGUGUGAUGUUCAGCUUAGUGGCACUGUGGCGCCCUCUGUUAUAAUGUCCCCACACCAGUCGCCGUCGUAGGCAUGUGUAAGAUAAUAUCUGAUCAGCGUGUAAACUACAUCCGGGCUGUAAGCUUAUCUGAAAUACAUUCACCAUUGGAUGA